ACUAUACAACUUUAAAAUGCUUUGGAAGCAGUAGAAAGCUUUUGAAAGUAGUUAGCAUUAGCAGUCCAGUGAUUCAUUUAUUAUGUGGAGGCUAAAGAUAGCUAGCUAGACGUGGCUAAUAGAACAAACUGGGACGAACGAAGCCGAACAGUUUGAAGAAUCAACUAUUCCGAUUAUCUGAGCCGUUAUACACGCAGUGACAGAAAAUGUUCUCCCUGGUCACACCUUCAUAACGCCGCUAAGAUUUUUCAGCAGGAGCAAAUCUGUUUCAUUUUAAUGCAAGGCUUCGUCGUCGUUAUGAUUCAGUAGAAAGAACCAAACAAAGCAGACAAUAAUGUCCCUUUCCCCCGACAAUGAAGAUGGAUACUUUGUCGCCAUGGAUACUGAGGAUGAGGGUGCAGAGACUGCUGCGUUAAGAGACGAGGUGGAGGGAAAGAUGGGGACCUGUAGUCAGGAAGGGAACAUGGACACUGGUGCCAAAGGGAAGGGCAGGUCGAUGGUCGAGUUGCCAGAGGAAGUCCUGGAAUAUAUUUUAUCUUUCCUCUCACCUUACCAGGAGCAUAAGACCGCCGCACUUGUGUGUAAGCAGUGGUAUCGUCUUAUUAAGGGUGUUGCCUAUCAGUGUUAUCAUGGGUUUUUGAGAGCUGUCCAGGAGGGAAAUAUCCAAUGGGAAAGCCGGACAUAUCCAUAUCCUGGAACCCCCAUCACUCAGCGCUUUUCACACAGUGCGUGCUAUUAUGACUCAAAUCAAUCCAUGUAUGUUUUCGGAGGCUGCACUCAGAGUAGCUGCAACGCUGCCUUUAAUGACCUAUGGAGACUGGACCUCAACAGUAAAGAGUGGAUCCGCCCUUUAGCUUCAGGCUCCUAUCCGUCUCCAAAAGCUGGAGCGACUCUGGUGAUGCACAAAGAUCUGCUGGUGCUGUUUGGAGGCUGGACGCGCCCCAGCCCUUACCCGCUUCACCAGCCAGAGAGGUUCUUUGAUGAAAUCCACACCUACUCACCUUCAAAAAACUGGUGGAACUGCAUAGUAACGACACAUGGACCGCCACCCAUGGCAGGCCACUCGUCCUCUGUUAUAGGAAACUCCAUGAUAGUGUUCGGGGGAUCGUUAGGAGCACGACAGAUGAGCAAUGAAGUCUGGGUUCUAGAUCUGGAGCAAUGGUCCUGGUCCAAACCGCCCACAUCGGGUCCAUCGCCUCACCCACGAGGAGGCCAGUCACAAAUUGUUAUUGAUGAGAAGACGUUGCUUAUAUUGGGAGGCUGCGGCGGUCCUAAUGCACUUCUGAAAGACGCCUGGCUCCUCCACAUGGAGGGUCCUGCAUGGAAGUGGCAGCAGCUGCAGGUGGAGAACGAGGACCACGGCGCCCCAGAGUUAUGGUGCCACCCGGCUUGUAAAGUGGGCCAGUGUGUCGUGGUUUUCUCCCAGGCUCCUUCCGGCCGCGCCCCUCUCAGUCCAAGUCUUAACUCGCGACCUUCCCCCAUAAGUGCCACGCCCGCCCCUUUGGGCCCGGAGCCCCCCUCCCUGCGGUCUCAGUCCCCGAUUCGAAGCGGCGCCGCCGGCGUUGUCCUGGGAGCCGCCGAGGAGGCUCCGUGUGUGAACGGUCGAUGGGGCACGCUCAGACCGCGACCCUCAGCCAGAGGAAGCGCCAGAGAUGGGAGCCCCUGCUCGUCCCAGCAGCCGUCUCCGUCUCAAGGCCCCGACAGCCCCCCCCUCCCUCCGCUCCCCUCUCUAAUAAACGGGUCGUCCCCGUCGCCCCGGACCAGCCCGGCCCAGGGCUGCUCCCCCCCAUCCCGUCCUCACCUGCCGGGCUCCACAGACUACGGCUGGGAGUCGCCUCCCUCCGCCGCUCCGCACCACGACGUCCCAAAUACUAACGGCCUGCACACGCCGCCCUCCGGCUCCCCGCUCACGCCGCCUGGAGCCGUGUCCCCCGCCGCCCUACGGCGAGGCCUGGAGGCAGUGAAAAACAAAUCUUCCUCAUCUUCACCUUCGUCUUCCCUUCAAACACAGGGGGCUUCUCCCAUGAGUGGUGGCGGAGGAGGGACCGGCCCCUCAGGAACCCCUCCGUCCUCCUCGUCCAGCCCCCCGCAAGCCGCAGUAGCCGACGGACACGCCAUCCCGCCCAUAGCGCGGCGCCUCGGCCAUCACCCGCCUCAGAGCCUGAAUGUUGGCAAACCGCUGUACCAGUCGCUGAACUGCAAGCCCAUGCAGAUGUACGUGUUGGACAUUUCCCGGGCCAAGUCCGCGGGGGUCGUGUCCUGGAAGGUUUACGGUAACGGGACGCCCGCGGCCGUCACAGGGCCUCCAGAGACCAGCCUUCACACUGUGGUGCAGGGCAGGGGGGAGCUCAUCAUUUUCGGAGGCCUCAUGGACAAGAAACAAAAUGCUAAAUACUACCCUAAAACCAAUGCUUUGUACUUCGUACGCGCUAAAAGGUAAUGCAACUCCGGGCGAGACGUUACAUUCUGCAACAACAUAAGGGAACUAACACACAAGGCCUUUUACCUGUAGGAAGGAUUAUAAGAAAGAACUUUAUCAGCGCUAGAUGUUUCACUUGAAUUUCACUAUUGUUCCUUUUGCCUACCGAACGCAUUCGUAAGGAAAAACUUUAACUACACUUUGACAAAAUAUUUGCUUGAAUGAGAAUUGUCUGUGUGCGAGUUUGUCUAGAGAGGACCAGACGUUUUUAUCGCCCCUCCACCCAACCCCAAUGAUUAACAACCAAGCAAAACAUUUAUAUGUGUGUGUGUGUGUCUCCCCUUCUGAACUCUUGAAAAGAGAGAAACCAGUUGUUGAAUACCUUGCUUUUUCUAUCUCUUUCAAAGCCUGCAAUGUUUACAUAGAAACUGCGUGUGUGUGUGUGCGCUCGUGCGCGUGUGUGUGUGUGUGUUCGUAUGCAUGAUGGUGGUUAAAAGUGGUUGACUAAUGUGUGUCGGAGAGUCGACGGCGGCUGAGCGAUGUGGCACUGUACUAUAAAUAAAGUUGAACAAUAAAGGCCUCCAUGUCUGCUCUGUG